AUGAACUCUACCAAACGCAAGUUCAACGCCUUGCUCCAGGGACUCAGUAGCCCACGCGCCAGCACCGAUCAAGAGUCGCCAGCAACCAUGUUUGGAAACCGAGCAGCGAGCACCAAGGCUGUGGACUAUGAGGCGCUGCUGCAGAAGCGUCGCCGCCUGGGCUUUCCCGAGUCGACUGCUCCACGCUUAGACAACACUGUCUCCUCAGGUCUCACAAGUCUGGCCACCUCCAUCAGGCGAACAGUGUCGGACGCCACGACUCCGAAAGUUCGGAGAGAUGGCUCUGCGAGGUAUUCUCCCGGUGACAGGGAGGAGCUGCUCAAGCGACUGGCGACGUUUCAAGAAAUCACCGACUGGACGCCCAAGCCGGACAGAGUCAAUGAAGUGGAGUGGGCCAAGAGGGGGUGGGCAUGCCAGGGGAAGGAAAGGGUGCGGUGCUUGCUGUGCCACAAAGAGUUGGUUGUCAAGCUGAAGAAGGAGGCUGGAGACAAAGAGACGGAUGCACUGACGGCUGCCGAAGUUGAAGCUGCAUUGGUUGACAAGUAUGCCGAGCUGAUUGUGAGCGCGCAUCAGUCAGACUGCCUCUGGAAGAGACGAGGCUGUGAUGACUCACUACUUCGGCUCUCAUUCAUGAGCUCAAAGGCUGCCAUCGAAGCUCUGAAACAGCGAUAUGUGGAGCUUUGCGCACGAGAGCCAUUUAUCCCAUAUGAAUUCAACCUCCACCUCCCAGAGGACAUGGCCUUGGAUGAGGUGGUUGACCAGCUCUCGCCAGAUUUCUUUACUAAUGAAAAGUCUGGGACAAAUACGCCCAAUCGACCGGCGCUUGCUCUUGCACUGUUUGGCUGGCAAGGCUUGACCAAUACCCGCAUUGGCGCUGUUGCAAACACUGCAUCGUGUCACACCUGCCAGCGAAGAUUGGGCCUGUGGAUGUUCAAAAGUAAAGAGGUGGAUGAAAACGGCAAGAUUGUCGUCCCCGCGCCAAUGGACUAUCUCGACCCCGAGCGGGAACAUCGCUUUUUCUGCCCCUGGAAGAAUGCGACCGCACAGAGCAGGGGACACGUCACUCACAGCAGCAGCGAAUCCGUCGAUAUGCCGGCAUGGAAGAUGCUGCUGCAGUCCAUAAAAAACGAGUCAGAUCUUCGGAGGGUGUACGAGGGCCGGGCCAGGUCGCCAUCUAAGCUGGCUGCCAAAGGCGCGUCCACGCCUCACAAAACGCCAACCCGACCAGCUGGCGGCGGCCACACUCCGCAAAUCUCUGUUGAUUUGAGUGUUGACGGGGAGGAGGAUGAAGCUGCGCGUGAUGCCAAGGACAAGGAGAGAUGGGCCAAGUUGCGCAAGGUCAAGAGCUUGCUCGAUAACAAGCUGAGAAGGUCUGUGAGCAGCCGUCCAGAUACGACGGCAUCCAUCAAAUCCAACAGGUCUAUCAAGGGGGGCUAA